AUGCCUGAAAUUCGUCGUGCUCGUGAUAACAAUGCUUUAUUUGAAUAUCAUGAAAAUCUUGCAAAGAAACAUGGUCCAAUUUUUCUCAUUGGCUAUGGUCCAUUGGUGCGUCUUGUCGUGCUCGAACCAGACUUGUUGGCCGACGUUCUUGGUCGAUCACACAUCUCGGAUUAUACAAAGCCAAGAGAUUUGACUACGGUACUAAAACCAUUGAUCGGUUCUCACAAUUUAUUAGUAAGCAUGGGAUUGGAACAUGAGCGCGCUCGACAAAUGCUUAAUCCAGCAUUUCAUUUUGUUAAUCUUCAAUCGAUGAUUUCGAUCAUGGCUGAUCGAACAGCUGAAGCUAUUCAUAGGCUUCUGACGUCUUCGACCAAUCAACCGAUCGAUCUACAAAAAGAACUGAAUUCACUUACGCUAACUAUCAUUGCUUCAAGUGCAUUCGGUCAAGGUUUCGAAACCAUUGUCGAUGCUAAAGAGAUCAUGUCUCGAACAUUUACCGAAGCACUGGAAGCGGUUAUGUAUCGAACAAUGCGUAUGGUCAAUCUCAUACCUUUUCUUGCUCGAUUACCGUUCUGGCGUAAACAUAUUGUUGACCGAGCUACUCGAAUGGUGAAUGGAUUCGUUGAUCAGAUUAUUAGUGAUAGAAGACAGGGAAAAUCAACAAGUUCUUGUGUCGGAGCCGAUCUACUCGAUCUCCUUCUUUCUGCAGUCGAUGAUCAAGGACAACCGUUUACAGAUGAAGAGAUCAAAGAACAAGCAUUGACUUUUGUUCUUGCUGGACAUGAAACUACCGGCAAUUUGAUGGCAUGGGUGAUGUAUGUUCUCAUGACUCAUGAACAUGUUCUACAUGCUUGUCGAGAUGAAAUCGAUCGCAUUUUGCCCAAUGGUUUAGAACCAACUUAUGAUCAUCUCAGUAGUUUGUCUGUGUGCGAAGCUGUCAUUUAUGAAACACUUCGUCUCUAUCCACCGGCGCCUCUAUUUACGCGCUACUGUAUACGAGCACAUACAAUCGGAAGUGAGGGUCAUAAACAACUUCACAUACCUGUCCAUACGACUGUAUGGUUAAACACUUAUACACUUCAUCGUCGAGCAGAAUUCUGGCCUCGGCCACACGAAUUCGAUUAUACACGAUGGUUACGUGAUCCUAGCACAGUCGAUCCAAAUUAA